GAUUGAUUGGGUUACCCUCGUUUCGCGUUUCUAUUCCGGUUCAGCCCGCAGUCAGCAGUCCGCACUCAGUUCGAGGCGGUCAGAGACUGCACAUUGCUUCGACUAUCAAACUAAGCAAGAUGCCCAUUUGGUUGCUGCUGCUGCUGGGCCUGGGACUGCUGCUGCUCCUUCAGAAGUGGCGGUUGCUGCGCCUGGGCAGCAGCCUGCCCGGUCCCUGGGCUUUUCCGCUGCUGGGCAACGCCCAAAUGGUGGGCAAGCUGCGGCCCGAAUUCAUAUUUCUGGUCUUUACAGAGCUACGCGACCGCUUUGGCGCCACCUACCGCCUGUGGCUGGGGCCGCAGCUGUGGGUGUUCCUGCACACAGCAGAGGAGACGCGCGAGGCGCUGCACGAUGCCACACUGCGCAAGGCGGAGACCUUCCUGCAGCUGGAGCCGCUCAUCGGUAACGGGCUGCUAAUUAGCCAUGGCGCCCACUGGACGCAGCAGCGUCGCCUCCUCACUCCCGCCUUUCGGCCGAUCCUCUUGCGGAGCUUUGCCCCCAGUGUGGCCAAGCAUGCGGAUCGUCUGAUUCAGCGGCUCGUCGCGACCCGCGGCACCUUCCUCGAGCUAACGGAUCCACUUUUUGCCUGUCUGCUGGACGCCAUCGUGGACACCUCCAUGGGCGGGCAGCUGGAUACGCAGUCUGUGGCGCACUCUCCCAUCGUCGGUGCCUUCCACCGCAGCAGCCAGCUGCUGUUCAAGCGCAUGAUCAAUCCCCUGCUGGCCUCCGACUGGGUCUUCCAGCGAACCCAACUGUGGCGCGAGCUGAGCGAGCAGCUCCAGGUUAUCCACACGCUAAUGGAUUCAUUGAUUGAGCGCCGCUCCGCACAGCUCCAGCAACAGGCGGAUGUAGCCCCCCGCAAGGCGCUCAACCUGCUGGACACGCUCCUUCUGGCCAAGAUCGACGGCGAACCGUUGAGUCGAAAGCAGAUACGCGACGAGGUCAACACUUUUGUGUUUGCGGGCGUGGACACAACAACGGCGGCCAUGUCUUUUGUCCUGUACGCACUGGCCAAGAAUCCCGAGGCACAGGACAGGUUGCUGGAGGAGUUGCGGCAGCUGCCGCCCAAUGGAUCCACGGAUCUGGAUGCGCUCAAUGAGCUGCCCUAUUUGGAUGCCCUGCUCAAGGAGGUGCUGCGCCUGUACACGAUCGUGCCCACCACCGGACGCCAGACCACCUGCUCCACCGUCAUCGGGGGCCGUACGUACUGCGCCGGUGUCACGCUCUGGAUAAACAUGUACGGCCUGGCCCACGAUGCCAGCUACUAUCCCGAUCCAUAUGUCUUCAGGCCGGAGCGCUGGAUGCAGGCGACGGCAACUCUGCAGCAGGAUGUGGCCUCCUCCUCCUUCAGCUACAUACCAUUCUCGGGCGGUCCGCACGUCUGUAUUGGGCGCCGCUAUGCGCUGCUUCUGAUGAAACAGCUGACGGCUCACAUAGCGACUGCCUUUCGGCUGGAACUGCGCCCCGACGAGCCAGAGCUGACGCUGCAGGCUGAGGGCAUCCACGUGGCAUUUAAAAAACGCUAACCAAGUCAGCCCUGGACGAGCGUCCGUCAUGUGUGACAUGUUGUAACAUUUUCCAGUUGAAUUUUGUACGCAAUAUACAUAUCCGAUACGUUGUUUGUUUUGUUUGUUUAGUUUU